UGGUGUCUGGGUGACGGAUAGUGACGCGUGAUCCGGGUGCUGAGUUUUGUAUAUUCACGAAGGAAAUGAUUGUGUUUUUGUAAGAAGAGAGAGAAAAAAAACUGUGUCGUGUAAACUGUGUAUUUUUAAAGGAAAUAAGUCGAGCUGGAUUUUUGUUAUUGUGUGAGUUUUGGAUUUGGAAGGAAAGCUAAAAACUAUCCAUACGUGUCUAAGAAAGCAAACAUCUCUGUUUCUGUGACGGAGUGAAUUUGGAAAAAGAAACACUCCCUUGGAACUAGAGCCCUUGAUUGCAUUUAUAAAUAUGUCUGCCGAGUGUCAUUAUAUUUCAGAACUCGUUUUAAUCGAAAAGUAAUUUGCAGAUUGUUUGGCGAGUCAGUUUCAACUUUCACGCUGACAUAUAAUUAAGAAAUUGCAAGUAUUCAUUAUUGUCUUGCAAAGUAUGCAUGCGUGUUACUUGUUAUUUACAUUGCAUAUCAAAAUCCCAUGACUAUUCGAUACUGAAAUCUGAUUUGGCGUUGACAGAAAACCUCUCUUUUCUCUGAAGUGUAAACUUUCCUUCCCUAUUUCAAAUACAGUGGGGUUUGGCAGCCAUCUGUUCAACACGGUAGAAAGGUUUGUUAUCCGUGAUUCAUCAUUUAACGUGGAUCCGCGUGCGUUGUCAUCGCAAAAGUUGCUCUUCAAACUAAUUAAACAGAGUGUCAUUCCGUCGCGCCUACAAAAUUGAGUUAACGCGGAGCCUCGGGCACGCCGUCGUCAGCGCAAAUAUGCCGAGCUUGUGGACUUUAACGCAGUAAGAAAAUGCCAAACCGUGAAUUUCGAAUAAGGUCCGGGAGAGGAAAGGGCGAAGCAAUGACGACACCGAAGCAGAUGAUGAAAAUAAGGUUGUGUAUCCAGUAAGUGCCGAUAGUCCACCGCACUUUCUCUCCUGUGGAUGGUCUGAUCGCGCUCGAGCCGUUGAGGUGAUGGUCGCGAGGGCGUCCCGGUGCUGAGCGGAGACGACGGCCUCGGAAGCCCCACCCCCUUGCACCCUCCUGGACCCUUCCUCCCCCCUCCGCCCUCACGCCCCCAGCGCUGCUUUCUCCUCGCCCUCCCCGUCCUCCUCCUCCACCCGCCCUGACCUCCCCUCCCCCCUCUCCCUCCCGUUUCGUAGCAGCAGCCUCCCUCCCCCGCCGCGCCCGCGUCCGCCGCAAGCAUGUUCCGGUCGUCGCGGCUGCGGGUCCACACCUGCAAGAUCGUGCUGGUGACGUCGCUCGUGUGGUUCGUGAUGGACGUGGCGGUGAUCAUGUACUACAGCGACUGCUCGACGGGCUCGGCUGGGGCUGCAGAGCGACGCAGGACCGCGAGAGCCGCGCCGACCACCACCGCACCAACAAGGGCCGAGGCAUCCGGAACCACCGCGCCGACAACCACGACGUCGACCUCGAGGGCUUUAAACUGGACUACCCGCCGGAGGAGCUGCAGAAGUGGGUGUCGCGGCCGCCCGUGCCGGAGCACCCCGGCCUCCCCGGGGAGAUGGGCAAGCCCGUGAGGACGCCGCCGGGGCAGGAGGCGCUCAUGAAGGAGAAGUUCAAGCUGAACCAGUUCAACCUCCUCGCGUCGGACUCCAUCAGCCUGAACCGGUCGCUUCCCGACGUGCGCCUCGAAGGAUGCAAGACCAAGAAGUACCCUCCCCUGAUGCCGACCACCUCCAUCGUGAUCGUCUUCCACAACGAGGCCUGGUCCACGCUGCUCCGUACCGUGUGGUCCAUCAUCCAGCGCUCCCCACGGCCGCUGCUGCAGGAGAUUCUGCUCGUGGAUGAUGCGUCUGAGAGAGACUACUUGGGCGAGGAGCUCGAGCAGCACGUGAAGACCCUGCCCGUGCCCGUGCGGGUGCUGCGAACCGUCGAGAGGUCCGGCCUGAUCCGCGCGCGUUUGCUGGGCGCCUCUCAGGUCAAAGGUCAAGUCAUCACCUUCUUGGAUGCCCACGUAGAGUGCACCGAAGGCUGGCUGGAGCCGCUGCUGGCAAGGAUCGCCGAGGACAGAACAAGAGUCGUGUGCCCAAUAAUUGACGUUAUCUCAGAUGAAACGUUUGAGUAUGUGACGGCUUCAGAUAUGACUUGGGGCGGCUUCAACUGGAAAUUGAACUUCAGAUGGUAUCGCGUUCCUCAACGAGAGAUGGAAAGGAGAGGAGGUGACCGCACACAGCCACUAAGAACUCCAACUAUGGCAGGUGGUUUGUUCUCCAUUGAUAAGGAAUACUUCGAGAAAAUUGGACGCUACGAUGAAGGAAUGGAUAUCUGGGGAGGAGAGAACUUGGAAAUGUCCUUCAGGGUUUGGAUGUGUGGGGGUACGCUAGAGAUCGCCACUUGCUCCCAUGUCGGGCAUGUGUUCCGCAAGUCAACCCCGUAUACGUUCCCUGGGGGCACUUCCAAAAUUGUAAACAAAAACAACGCUCGUCUUGCGGAGGUCUGGCUGGACGACUGGAAAGAAUUCUAUUACAGCAUAAAUCCAGGCGCACGAAGUGUUGAUUAUGGUGAUGUCAGCCCACGGAGAAAGUUGCGAGAAGACCUGAAGUGCAAGAGCUUCCGAUGGUUCCUGGAAAACAUUUACCCCGAGUCUCAGAUGCCUCUUGAUUACUAUUAUUUGGGAGAGAUUCGCAAUGUAGACACACAGAGCUGCUUGGACACUUUAGGUCGCAAGAGUGGGGAGAACCUUGGCACCAGCUACUGCCAUGGUCUCGGAGGCAACCAGGUAUUUGCGUACACAAAACGGCAGCAGGUUAUGUCAGAUGAUAACUGCUUAGAUGCUUCCAAUCCAAGUGGGCCUGUUAAGCUUGUCCGGUGCCAUGGUAUGGGUGGAAACCAGAUGUGGACCUAUAAUGAUCAGGAUGGAUCACUCCGACAUGUUAAUUCUGGGAGAUGUCUACAAAAGCCUGAUGCCCGUGAUGUCACUUUACCUGUCUUGAGGCCAUGUGAUGGAUCAGCAGGUCAACAAUGGGUUAUGAAAGGCUCCUUCAAGUGGCAGGCUAACUGAGUGUAUGUCAUGACUGUUAUUUCAGAUGGUUACUGAAUUUCCCAGUAAUUCAUCUAUAUUGUACAUUAGCGGACUGAGUAGUAGCUGACUGUGAAAUGCCUACACAUUUUCAAUUUACAGGGUAAAAUUUGUGAACUGUAUUUUGAAAUGUUGUAUGUGCUUUGUAUCCUUUGGGUAUACAAUCAUUAAAAAAAAAGAUAUGUAAAACUAUGACGUACUAUGAACUUGUGUAUUUAAAAUGUGUAUCUUUAUGGAGAUUCAUGGUAUAUCAGUAGAUAAUGCUUUAAAUUAUAUGAUGUGAAAUAUAGGUAAAUUUCUACUGGUUGUGAAUAAUGGACCAGCUACUUAAAGAGCUCAAGGUCUGUUUUUCCAAGAUCUUGGACUAUGGACAGAUAUACCAUCCAUAAUGAAGCUAACAUUGUUUCAUCUUUUGUACUUAAUACACUUUUGAUUAAUGAAAGAGACUUACACAUAGUGAUGGUUAUACUAUCUAAUUCUCUGGGCAUGGCAGAAAGAUUUACUUCUUAAGAAAUUAAUGUAUAAAACUAAAAAUUGUAUUUGUUCUUUCUGGAUUAGCAAAUGAUAAAAUAUAAUACCACGGAGUGGGGUUAUAUGUAAAGUUUGAGAAAAUUAAUUUUUUCAAGUAUGAAGUUUUGUUAAGAUUUGAUUGCAAAAGGAACGGAUAAAAGCAGUCUUAUAUUCCUGCCAAAAUAUAGAAAGAUUAUAAUACAUAGGUUCAAAGAAGAAAACUAUUUUGUGAGCUAGAAAUUAAUAUUACAUAAAUAUGAUGAUCAAUAUGGCAAUUAGUGUAAACAUACAUUGCAUGUUGUACCAAUAUUGAAAAUAUCUACAGAUACAGUGAAGUAUGUAUAUAUAAUGUAAAUAUGAUAUUAUCCUGUAACUUCCAUAGUUAUAUCUUCCUGUAUUUUCUGUCCAGGUAAGAAUGUGUAACUAGUGCCUUCUAAGAAAGCCAGAGAAGGUUUUGUGUUGUAAUGGAAAACCUGGCAUAUAAAAUAGGACUAUACCAUAGGAGUUGGUGUUGAUGGCCAUUCAUAUUAGUAGGAAAAGGUGCUGAGUAUUUUUUUUAAACCACAAAAAUCCAAUAAAAUUCAUUUGGCAGUAGGUCACACCAGUUGUGAUUUAUGGGACUAAAAUUGUAUAGUAAAAUGGAUUGUCAACUUCCCAAGAUUUAUAACACUAGACUUUCCACUUUAAAAUUAAAAGACUUGUGAUUUAUCUUUAAUAGAUCUCCUUUCAUUAGCAUUCAAAUUACAGUGAUGUGUAAUAUAUAUUCAUGAACUUAGAGAUAUUUUUGACAGUUUGAUUUAAUGUGACGUAUAGAUUUCAUUUUAUUAUUUUUAAUACAAAGCAAGAGUUUAUGAUCAAAUAAGGCUUUGUAUAUGAUCAGUAGAGAAUAAGAACAAAAAAUAUAUAAAGAUCUUCCAUAAAUUAGGUGUAACUGAAAAUAUAAGAACUACUUGAGUUUAUAAAGUGCGCUCAGUGAAUUCUAAACCUCUUUGAAGCCAAAUUUGUGAACAAUAUUUCCAACAAAAUGUAAUUACUGUUUAAGAGGUUAAAUUGUAUGAUUAGUAUGCUCAAUGAACUUGAAUCUUUAUGUUAAGCAGAUUUUUUUGUGCUAUCAUGAAGAAACUGUGAUAAUUGCACAAAAUUUAUCACUGCAUAAGAUUGGUACUGUCAAUUAGGGUAAUUAUUUAAAAAUUGCAUACAGAGAAGCUCAUAUUAUGGUAUUUAAUGUAUCAAAAUUGGGAUAUGGUAAAUAUAAUCAAUGAAAACGGCUAUACAACUCCAUUGUUUUGCAAGAACAUCAGACCUUUAAAGUGAAGUGAUCUAUACUUAAUUGCCACUAAUGAGCCAUUUAGAAAUUUGUGCAGAAUAAAUUAAGGAGUAAAAAUAUAUUACAUUACCACGAUGUGAAUUCUCAGUAUGUUGAAGAGUUUUCUCGUGUCAUAAGAAAUUUGUUUAUUUCUCAGGUUACUAUUUUGAAUGAUAAGUAGACUUAGUCAGGUUAACGAUGCUGAAACAAACAAGACAACAUAUUAAGAAAGUACUUGUGUAACUGACUUUUUUAUUACAGAACCUAAACAAUGAAGGAUAAUAUUGCUAUUUUAACCCAUGGAAAGAAAAGUAUAGGAUUGUGAAAUUGAAUUGAUAAAUGUAUUUGUGAAAUGAGGAAAAAAGGUGAAAAAAUGUUGAAAGUUAACCCAAACUUCAUUGAUUGUCAACUAUGAAUACAUGAUUAUUUAUUAUUGUUAUCAUUCUUGUCUUGUUGAAAAGUCAUGAUGGUGUGACAAUGGUUGUGAUUUUUUUUGUGUGCAUUUUUUUCUUCAUUUGCGGUGGUGGGACUAGUCUUCUUUUUUUCUCUUUUCUGUUGUGAAGUAAUUAGAUAAUAUUUUUCAUGGGUAUGGAAAGGUCUUGAAAGAGAAUCUGUAGAGAGGGAUCUGAAUGUUCUGACUUGUAAUACUUUUCAUGAAAUCGAUUCACUAGGUCCAUCAUCAUCUAGACAAGUGUUUUUAGUCAUGAUUCAUCCAUCAAUAUCAUAAGAAAAAAAUCUUGACCAUAUUGGGUUAGCCUGAAUUAUUCCUUGUGCCAAGAUUCUCGGUAAAAAAAAAAAAAAAAAUUUAAACGAAUUGUAGUAACUUUGGAUAAAAGUAAAGGUAUGCAUAUGUCAUUAGUGAUUCAUAAAGUUAUACAAUUGCCAUUGGAGAAUUAGUUAAUAAUUAGAUUAGUUCCUUAGUACUAAAAAAGCUCCUUUUAGCCCAAUGAUUCUUGAACGGACAAGUAGAAAUGACAUGCAGAACUUCAAGGUAAUAUAUUUCUAUAUAUGGUCAUGAUUUUUUUGUUGUUGUUAUGCUACCACUAAACAUUAUAUCACAGCUUACUUUUUAACAAGCAGAUUCCCCCCAUUAACAGUGAACUGGAAUAUGUGAGGUACAACUUUUAGUGGGUUUCCCUUAAAAAUACCAUCAAUUCAGAGAAAAGAUAUGUGCUCUGUUAUUUUUCCACAUUCCAAUAAUAUCCACUUUCAUGCUUGUUUAAUAGGAAAGAAAAUUCCUUUGUGUGAGAUGCAUUUGUUUUGUGUUGUAUAUUAAGUUUGCUGAAUUUGCUGAAUGAAUGUGUUAUAAUCCACAAUGUAACCCUUCCAUAUAAUAUUUUAUAACCUUAUUGGUUGUAAAACUUUAUAAAAUAAGAAAAUAUGUGCCAAUGAGGAAUUCAAUAUUGAAACUUCAUAAGUAAAUAAGUAUGCCAAGGAGUGUCAUGUAGUAUGAGUGACCAGCUAAUUAUAUUUGUGAUAGAUAAAAUCUGCAAGAACUGGACUUAUUAGGAAAUGAGCAUGAAAGUGGUGUUGUCUCUUUCCCAUUGGUAUUCUCUCUAUGUAGUGGAUCAUUCCAUAAUGCACCAAUGCAUUAUUUUCUUUCUUUAUCCAAGAUAUACAUCAUACUUGAUUCUGUCAUGUGAUUUUGAUUGUUUUGAUAUUGUACAGUCUUCAUCAUUCCAGUAGGAAUGGUCUUUUCGUGAAAGCUUGUUUUCAACCUUGGAAGUUUUUGACUAGAUGGAAACAGAAAAUUCAUCGUAUACAAGAGAAAUCUUGAAUGAACUUCAGGCUUACAGGCAAUGUGAGAAGUGUGUAGUUUUGAUUACAAAAUGUGAUUUAUAUAUAAACAGUAUGCACUUCACAAAGCUUGACUAAAAUAGAGACAAAGGCAGAUAGUUCCAUUUAGUGUUUACAAAACAGGAUGCUGGAUUUCCUGGUGAUCAUGUUUUAUCAAGAUUAGGUUGCAUUUGCAGUGCACAAUUAGGGUUUUCUUUCCCCUUGGCAAUUUUGUAUUUUGUGUGUGAUUCUGGAAGAUAUAUUUUGUAUAUAUAUAUAUAUAUUAAUAUGUGUGAUUAGUGCAAAAUUUGAAAACUCAUGGCAGAAAGUGAUAUUCCACUAACUCUAGCAGGUGUACGAGAAGUGAAUGGUCUAAAAAAAGAAAAGGAGAAAAAAAAUCCUGUAAGUCCUCUUCCAUCUUUGUGUGGCAGAGUGUCUGAAUGAAUGACCCAUUAUUUAAAUCUGAUGCUCAUUCAUAUAUUGUUGUUUGCCUAAUGAAGUGUGGUUGUGAUUCUCUAUAUAAAUUUUUCUUGCUGUGAUAUUCCUCCUUUAUAAUGGAACCUACAGUUUUGAUUAAUUUAUAUAAGAGAAGCAAUGACCAUGUUUCAGUACAUUGUAAGAUCUGUGAUCAUAUUCUUACAUGCAUUGGGAUGGUUGUUUAAUUUAAACAGUUUGAUUUUGAAGCAAUAUUAAAUUUUCAUUUGUUUUUAUGAAAUUUGAAAGCUAUGCUCUACUUUAUAUUUAUAAAGAUACAUGGCCUAUUUGUUAGUUUUUGGUUUUGAAACCAAUGAUAACUGAAGAUUCGAUAAUAUUUUUACUGCAGAUAAGGUAAACACCGAAAAUUAUAGAGCUAGUUUAAAGUCAUCCCUUAAACAUUAGCAAUGUGAUCAUCAUUCCAUAUUGCAGCCAUACACAAUUUACAUGGCAGUGGAUUAUGGUUACAUUUGUCUGCUGAAAUUAGUGGCCAUAUUCCUUUGUGAUGGCAUUUUAGCCAUAUUGCUUUUUGAAAUCCAGUCUGGAAAUGAACCUUGUAGAAUUACAUUUACAUAGGUGGCACCAACAUCAUUUUACUGAGAAGUUAAAUUCUUGUGCACACUUUUCCUUUUUUUUUUUUUUGAAGAAUGUUAAGUUUGCCUUUUUAAAUUUUAUAUUUAGUGACUGAGUUACUAUAAGUGCUAUGUUAAAAAUUCCUAAAUAUGGUGCUUAUUAAAGCCAAACAUUAAAGGUCUUUGAAGUGUAAAGUGACAAGAUGAAUGUUCAGGCAUUAUGACAUGCACUUAAGGUGCUUGCAUUCUACUUUAUUAUGUUGGUCAUUUUUUUUUUUUUUUUUCUAUUUGUAAACAUAACUUAGGCAGAUGAAAAGCGUGACAAGUGACUUGCUAAUAAUAAUAAUUGUUGCUUGUAAGAAAAAAAAUAUAAUUUAUUUUUAUAUGUAUCAUGUGUAAACCUUCAAUUUUUAUUAUAAAUCUUAUAACAAGAUCAUGUUUUCAUUAAUUAAUUUGAGUGUAAUAAAAAAAAUCAGUGGACAAGGAUUCUGACCUAUGGUGAAAUACCCAGAUGACUGUAUAAUUAAUUUUAUGUAAUCAAAGACUGUGCUGAUUUAUUGAAAUGUUGGGAAGAUUUGUGAAUAACUGUGUGUAUGUAUGGUGAUGGGAACCUUACAAAGUUUUUAAUAAAAUAUUUACAUUAA